CUUGGGUUAUGAAUGAUUCCUGGCCUACUGGAUUUCUGAACUUGGCACCCCUGGAUGACCCACCUCCAGGCCAUCACAGGAAAGCCGGAAGCUUAUCGAGCACCUUGUCUCUUGACAACGGAGAUGGCGCUGGGGAGACGAACGAUGCUGAGAAGCCCGUGAGGCGCGGUGGCCUGUUGCCGAGGAGAGCCGGGCAAGGACUGGCCCUGAGGCCAAAGUCUGGCGGUCGAGCAGACACGAACGGAAACCAGCAGGAUCUGUUGGCUGCGUGGGUGCCCUCGUACGGGGACGGGUUGCGCGCGGUGAAGAGAUCGUCGAGCGCUCCGGAGUUCCAGGAUUCGGACAGCGUCAGCCUCGCCUCGGCGUGGCUGAAGAGCAAGUGGAACCUGAAACGGGAUUAUACCUUCACCCUGGCGCUGUUCGACGCCAUCUCCAAGCCUCUCCUGGACAGCAUCCCCAAGCCUCUCCUCGACAACAUCCCCAACACGAUCGUUGCUUGGAGAAACAAGGCUUCGGUCGCGGCGCGGUCGAGGCUUCGGCUGCUCCUGGCGUCGUGCUGGGGUGCAGGUGGAGCGUUGGGCGCGUGCAGAGAGAGGGAAGAGGAGAGAGUGGGUGGCGGCUGA